UGUGCUGAGCAAGAGACUCCCCACCUUCCCCCCAAAAAAAAACACACACCGAAUUAUUUGCAAAUAGCUCAGCUAUUUUGAGACCCACAGAAUCAAUGGUGAUGGCACAGAUAGUGCAGACCAAUGGAACCCAACCCCUUAGCAAAACGUGGGAGCUCAGCUUGUAUGAGCUACAGAGAACACCACAGGAGGCCAUUACAGACGGGAUGGAGAUUGCGGUGUCGCCGAGGAGCCUGCACAGCGAGCUGAUGUGUCCCAUCUGUCUGGACAUGCUGAAGAACACAAUGACAACCAAAGAGUGCUUACAUCGCUUCUGCGCGGACUGCAUCGUUACUGCACUCAGGAGCGGAAACAAAGAGUGUCCAACCUGUAGAAAGAAACUGGUGUCCAAGCGAUCACUGCGGCCGGAUCCGAACUUCGAUGCACUGAUCAGCAAAAUCUACCCCAGUCGGGAUGAGUACGAGGCACAUCAGGAGCGGGUGCUGGCUCGCAUCAGCAAACACCACAACCAGCAGGCCCUGAGCCACAGUAUUGAAGAGGGACUCAAAAUGCAGGCGCUUAACAGAGCGCAAAGGGUGAGGAAGCACCAGGCUGAGAAUGGCAGCGGAGCGGAGGAUAACGGGGACAGCUCACACUGCAGCAACGCCUCCAUUCACAGUAACCAGGAGGCCGGCCCCAGCCAAAAGAGGGCAAAGACCUCGGACGACUCGGGCCCCGAUAUGGACACCACCAACGAGAAUGGGACGGGGGACCCCGAGCCCGUGACUGAUGGGACCAACGAGAUCGAGCUGGUCUUCAGGCCUCACCCUACACUAAUAGAGAAAGAUGAAUCGGCUCAGACCAGGCAGGUCACGACGGGGGUCCCAAGGAUCGUGGGCCGCGUACCAGUGUCGAGAAAGCGGUACAUAAAAACCACAGGGAACGCCACUGUUGACCAUCUCUCCAAGUACCUGGCCAUGCGGUUAGCCCUGGAGGAGAUACGGAAAAAUGACGAGGCGAAUCCCGUGGACGUGGAGACGGUCAGCGAGAAACAGUACACGAUCUACAUCGCCACAGUCAACAGCCAGUUCACUCUACUAAAUGGCUCCUUUUCACUGGAGCUCGUCAGCGAGAAGUAUUGGAAGGUGAAUAAGCCCAUGGAACUGUAUUAUGCACCAACCAAGGAACACAAGUAGGCACCAUGGGCAAGAUCCACUGCGAGGAUUGGGGGUGGGGUGG